AUGUCUGCACCUGCAAAUUCUAUACCCAUAGCAGCAUCAUCAGCUUCUAUAAUCACAGAUUCUGAAUCGGCGUACUUUGCUGAUGCAAGGUCCCACUUGAGUGAGUCAACCUCGCCAAAUUCUCUGAAAGAUAGAUCAGGCAAAAAUAACGCUGCGACUGUUCAAUAUGAUGAUGAAAAACGUAAUGAACUUGAUAUUUCACCUCAGGCAACAAUCACUGAUGUAGCUGAUUUGCAAGAUCGUGAAACGACCUCAGAACCAGAGGUGGACACUACGGUAACUCAAAAUGAAGAGCAGAGAGAGACUUCUCAGCCUACCAAGAAUAACAGCGACCGAUUGGUUCAUAACGUGCAACCUCAAUCUACUGAAGAGCCUACAACAGCUUUCGUUAAUUCUACCUCACCCAAGAAACCAGGAUAUCAACGAGAAGAGAGCGAGUGCCAUGAGUAUUAUUUUUCCAUAUAUUGCUGCGAUCUAGAUCUCAGCUCGGGAAAUAUUUUUACGACCUGUCUCAGCUGUUGCAUGUCGUCAAUCCUCGGUCUUUGUACCACAGCGGCCACAAAAAUUUAA